AUGAUGUUGUAUACCAAGAUUUUGAAAAAGAUUUGUGAACCACUAUUCACUAGCCAGUCGUUAACGUACCACGUCACGCUAUACACAUUUCAAGCGUCUCGACAUUGUAAUUACAAGAAGAUGGGCUUAGACAUAAAAUCAGUUCUUGUGGUAGACGGCGUAGGAGCAAACUGCGCCGAAAUCCUUAACUCUCAUAACAUCAAAGUGACCACAAAAGCGAAAAUAAGUAAAGAGGAAUUGUUAAAAGAAAUCCCUAACCAUGAGGCUUUAGUUGUACGUUCUGCGACACAAGUGACAAAAGAAGUAUUAGACGCAGGGUCUAAACUUAAAGUGGUAGGCAGAGCAGGAGCCGGCGUUGAUAACAUCAAUGUAAACGCUGCUGGCCAAAGAGGCAUUGGUGUUAUUAAUGCACCAGGUGCGAAUGCCAUGAGCGCAUGUGAAUUGACCUGUGGCCUGACUCUUGCUUUGGCCCGGCACAUCGUUCCAGCCGCCACAGCGCUAAAGGCUGGUCGCUGGGAACGUACACAGCACACUGGCACAGAACUUUACGGGAAAACUUUAGCUAUCCUUGGACUCGGCAGAGUUGGCCGGGAGGUAGCAAUUCGCAUGCACGCCUUUGGCAUGAAGAUCAUUGGGUUUGAUCCAUUUGUCACGGCAGAGCAAUGCUCGCAGUUCCAUGCCACAAAGAUGGAACUGGACGAAAUCUGGCCACAAGCCGACUACAUCACGCUACACACGCCGCUUAUUGAAUCUACGAAAAAUUUUAUCAACGCCAGUGUAUUGCAGCGGUGCAAGAAAGGAGUUAAAAUCAUAAAUGUAGGUCGUGGCGGUCUUAUCAAUGAACGUGAUUUCCUAGAAGCACUUAAAUCUGGGCAGGUCGGUGGUGCGGCGCUCGAUGUGUUCGAGCAAGAACCGCCCACAGAUCCCCUUACUCUAGAAAUUAUCCAGCAUCGCGCUGUGAUUGCUUCUCCUCAUCUUGGUGCAUCUACAAAAGAAGCUCAGAUUCGAGUAGGUCAAGAGAUAGCUGAACAAUUCGUCAAUUUGAAUAAACCAGGCACUUAUCCAAAUACUCUCCUCGCCGAAGUAACACGAGUUCUGCCUAAG